UGUAUGAUAAGCCAAGUAGCGAGUUAUAAUAACGGCACUGAACUUCCAAACUCUGGAAGAAUCCUUGCUUAGGCAUUGACUCAAGGCUUGCAUGUCGACUGCUUGUAUUCUGAAAUAGGUAAAAUGGCAUCAGCAGUCCCACAUGUGAAAAUUGAUCCAUGGAAUCUGCAGAUUCAGACACGUACUGUGGAAAAGUUGCUGGAACCCCUCAUAAUUCAGGUGACCACAUUAGUGAAUUGCCCUCAAAACCCUUCUAACAAGAAAAAAGGAUGUUCCAAACGAGCCCGCGUCAUCCUUGCUUCUGUGGAAGAAGCGACCUGGAACUUACUGGACAAAGGGGAGAAAAUUGCGAAGGAGGCCCCUGUGUUGAUGGAAGAACUUAACGCUGCACUUCGAGAUGUUCGUAAAGAAAGUGAAGCUUUAAGGAUCACAGCGAAAAAAUUCACAGAUGAUCCUUGUUAUUUGCCUAAAAGGGAGGCAGUCGUCCAAGUAGCACGUGCUCUCUUGGCUGCUGUUACAAGACUUCUUAUUCUGGCUGAUAUGAUUGAUGUCUCAUACCUGUUGCAACAUCUAACCACGGUUCAGAGAAUGCUUGUGUCUCUUCAGAAUAUAUCUAGUAAAUCUGAACUGCAGAAAACAUAUAAAAUUCUUCAGAAAGAGUUGAAAAAACUGGAUCAUUUGGCAUACAAGCGACAACAGGAUUUAAAAUCUAACCAUCAACGAGAUGGCAUUGCAGCGGCACGGGCGUCUCUGAAGAAAAAUUCGCCUCUUCUGCACUCAAUUUGCUCUGCUUGUUUGGAACAUUCAGACAUUGCAUCUCUUGCAGCCAGCAAGGACGCGGUGUGUAAUGAAAUACAGAACGCCCUUGAUGUGAUUUCUAAUGCUUCUCAAGGAAUUGGAAAUGAAAAGGUGCAACCCAUCUCACAGUCGGCUACUCUCGGAAGUGCCCUCGAUGAACUUGAGAAUUUAGUUGCCUUGGAUCCUCUUACUGUGAAUGAAGACAAAAUAAGGCCAUCGCUAGAAAAGCGUUUAGAAGGAAUUAUCAGUGGAGCUGCUUUAUUAGCAGAUUCUUCCUGCACACGUGAUGUUCACCGCGAGCGCAUCAUCACUGAGUGCAAUGCUAUUCGCCAAGCUCUCCAAGAUCUCCUUUCAGAAUACAUGAAUAAUGCUGACAAAAAAGAAAAGAGCAGUGCCUUGAAUAUUGCGAUAGAUAAUAUGUGCAAGAAGACAAGAGACCUCCGCAGGCAGCUUCGCAAAGCUAUCAUUGAUCAUAUCUCAGACUCCUUCUUGGACACGACUAUUCCACUCCUAGUGCUCACUGAAGCUGCUAAAAGUGGACGAGAAAAGGAAAUAAAGGAAUAUGCUGCCAUAUUUAAAGAGCACACAUGCAGACUUAUUGAGGUGGCCAGUCUUGCUUGCUCAGUAUCAACAAAUGAAGAAGGAAUUAGGAUUGUCCAAACAGCAGCCAGUCAAAUGGAGACUUUGUGCCCUCAGGUUAUCAACGCGGCUUUAGCUCUUGCAGCCAGACCCAAAAGCCAGGUGGUGAAAAGCAACAUGGAAAUGUAUAAAACCACAUGGGAAAAUCACAUACGUGUGCUCACUGAAGCUGUGGAUGACAUUACAAGCAUUGACGACUUCCUUGCUGUAUCAGAAAGUCAUAUCCUUGAGGACGUAAACAGGUGCAUCAUUGCCCUCAGAGAGCAGGACGCCGAUGAUUUAGAUCGCGCAGCUGGUGCCAUCCGAGGGCGUGCGGCGAGAGUGGCGCACAUUGUUUCUGGCGAGAUGGACAAUUACGAGACUGGCACUUACACUGAAGGAGUGAUGAGAAACGUGCAGUAUCUUACAAAUGCCGUGAUUCCAGCAUUUAUUACUCAAGUCAACAUGGCACUUGAAAAUUUAAGCAGGAAUACGAUCCAUCUGUUUGAUGACAAUCAGUUUGUUGAUAUCUCUAAGAAGGUCUACGAUACAAUCCAUGACAUUAGAUGUUCAGUUAUGAUGAUUCGGACCCCAGAAGAACUAGAAGAUGUAUCUGAUCUUGAAGAUGACCAUGAUGCACGCAGCCGCACAAGUAAUCAAACUGAAGGGAAAACUGAUAGGGCAAAGAUGACUCAAUUGCCAGAGGCGGAGAAAGAAAAGAUAGCUGAACAAGUGGCUGAUUUUAAGAAAGUCAAGAGUAAGCUUGAUGCAGAGAUUGAAAUAUGGGAUGAUACUAGCAAUGACAUCAUCGUUCUGGCUAAACGGAUGUGUGUGAUUAUGAUGGAGAUGACAGACUUCACAAGGGGUAGAGGUCCACUGAAAAAUACAUCAGAUGUGAUUAAUGCAGCAAAAAUGAUCUCUGAGUCAGGAUCGAGGAUGGAUAUUCUUGCAAGGCUCAUUUCUAACCAGUGCCUAGACGUGUCAUGCAAGCAGGACUUAUUGGCUUAUCUGGAACAGAUCAAACUGUAUUCUCACCAGCUCAAAAUCUGCAGUCAAGUUAAAGCUGAAAUCCAGAAUUUAGGUGGAGAGCUCAUCAUGUCAGCAUUGGAUAGCGUGACUUCACUAAUUCAGGCUGCCAAAAACCUGAUGAAUGCUGUGGUGCAGACAGUGAAGAUGUCCUAUAUCGCCUCUACGAAGAUUAUCAGAAUUCAAAGUCCUGCUGGCCCACGACACCCCGUGGUGAUGUGGCGGAUGAAGGCGCCAGAAAAAAAGCCUUUGAUUAAGAGAGAGAAGCCGGAGGAAAUCUAUGCAGCUGUCAGGAAAGGUUCGGCUAAGAAGAAAAUCCAUCCUGUUCAAAUCAUGAGUGAAUUCAGAGGAAGAGAAAUAAACUGA